CACGUGCCUUCGUACCUGCGUCACUGGCUCCCGGUCGGACAGCCAUCGCUGGUGGAGCUCGCAAGCACGGAGCGGGUCGGACUGCUGUUGCUGGCGUGCGGCAACAGCAGCGCACCAACAGCGCUGGCCUGAUGUGCAGCCUGGGCAAGCUGUUCGGAGGAGGCGGGGCACCCGCCACGUCCAUCUUCGAUUUCAAGGUUAAGGAUGCUACCGGUGGCGAGGUAGACCUGGCCGACUACAAGGGUCAGAAGAAGGCGUUCCUCAUCGUCAAUGUGGCGAGUAAAUGAGGUCUAACCGCCCAGAACUACGCCGAGCUGGCGGCUCUCUACGGAAAGUACGCCGGCCGCGGCCUAGAGAUUCUGGGCUUUCCUUCGAACCAGUUCGGUUCGCAGGAACCAGGCACCAAUGCCGAAAUCCAGGACUUUGCCAAGGCAAGGGGUGCGACGUACCCCGUCUUUGCCAAGGUCGAGGUGAACGGCUUCGGCGCCAUCCCCCUCUACAAGUUCCUGAAGGACAGGCAGGGCGGGGGCUUGGGCAUCUCCGCCAUCAAGUGGAACUUCACCAAGUUCCUCUGCGAUGCCGACGGAGUGCCGGUGAACCGUUUCGGCCCCACGGAAAGCCCGUUUUCCUUCGAGCAGGACAUCGUCGACCUCCUCAAGUAAAGCCUCCGGCCGUGAUGCAUG